AUGAUGAAUUGCGUCAAAUACCACCUUUCCAAAACUCGCCACCAACACCACCACCCUUACUCUAGUGAACCUUCUCUUGCACCUCAUCCAACCAGACGUCCUGUAAACACGUCUCAAUACCGCAAACUUAAACCGAUUACUCACGGUAUCAAACCCCAUUCCCAGCAAGCCAAUACAAAGUGUCCAGAAGAAUGGAGUCAUGCCAACAUACAACCUCAAUUCUAUUCCACAUUUUCACUGUCAUCCUUUGAUUCAAGUAUUUCGGAAGAUGAAGAAGAAUACGAGUUCUUUAUUCCCACCAGCCCUCACUCUGCAAAAUCCAUGGAUCUCGAAACACUUAUAUUUGACCAUCCUUCUGUAACCAUAAAAUUACGCCUGUCGCCUCAUAGAGAAUUAAACAGUUUCUUCUGUUUCAAUCAAUGUGUUAACUUUCAAACUUUCAAGGGGAAUCGCAUUGGUCCAAAUUUCACUUUGCGAGUGAUUGAAUAG